AUGGAGAAAUUUCCAUGUGCUAGUUGUGCUGGUAUUCUCAUGUAUGUUAUGGUCUAUACAAGACCAGACCUUGCUCAUUGUAUGAGUGUAGUUAGUAGAUACAUAGUCAAUCCAAGAGAUCAUUAUUGGACUGCACUCAAGUGGAUGUUAAGGUACGUCAAAGGGACUUUGAGCACAAGUCUGGUAUAUGGAGGAAAAACAGAUCAAAAUGAAGAGGAAGUGAUUGGAUUUGUGGACUCAGAUUAUGCUACAAAUUUAGACACAAGGAAAACACUAACUGGUUAUGUGUUUACAGUUCUAGGAGGUUGUAAUUGGCCUGCUAAGAAAUCAAAGAGAUACUAUAUUAAACCAGAAGUGUUCGGAGGAGAAGGCCAAGAGUGUUGGAUCAGCGCUGACGAGGUGGAAGAUGUGUGCGAGCUCCAUAAGAUUGGAAAUACUGUUAUGUCUCUUUGGUGCAGUUAUUUGCAAGAACACACACUUAAUCUUGGUGGGUUGAGGAAUACAUAUGCAUUUAAUAAUCCUGCUUCGGUAUCAACUGAAGCUGGUAAACUCAAACAACGUUCAGAGAAUCUAUGUGAGCGAAUGAUGGGUAUGCAACCUGAACAAUGGUUGAUAUGUCCGUGGAAUUCAGAUGAUCACUGGUUGACAAUUAUGAUUCAUGCCAAUACUCAAAGUGUUGCAUAUCUUGACUCGACGAAUGACUUUAUCCGAACUGAUAUUAUGAAAUGUAUCCAAAAUGAUGUGGACAUGUACAGGAUCGAAAAAAAUAUACGAAACAAGGGUCCAGUAAAAAUCAACCAAUACACGUGUCGACAGCAGCCGGAUGGAGUACAAUGUGGUUAUUAUGUUAUGAAGAUUAUCCAGAGUUUCAUGACUAUUGUUAAUCCUGCAAGUUUUUUGAAAAAUCAUUUCAAGUUAGAUGCUCCUUAUAGUAACGAGGAGAUCAAUGCCGUACGGGAUGAGUGGGCCGAAUUUGUGAAGCCUUUGAUUAUAGAUUAAGUACUUAAGGUUACUACACUUUUCUUAUAAUACAUGAGUAACAAUUUUUAUGAUUAUUGUUAUC